AUGGUGCCCCGCGGCGGCGGCGGCCCCGGGGACGCGGCGCGAUGCGGCUGUCGGUGGCGGCCGCCAUCUCGCACGGGCGCGUGUACCGGCGGCUGGGGCUGGGCCCGCGCUCGCGCCUCGACCUGCUGCGGAACCUGGUGACGGCGCUGGUGCGGCACGAGCGCGUGGAGGCGCCCUGGGCGCGCGCCGACGAGAUGCGGGGCUACGCCGAGCGGCUCAUCGACUACGCCAAGCUGGGGGACACCAACGAGCGCGCCAUGCGCCUGGCGAACUUCUGGCUGACGGAGAAGGACCUCAUCCACAAGCUGUUCAAAGUGCUGGCACCCCGGUUCCAGACGCAGUCCGGCAACUACACCCGCCUGCUGCAGAUCCCCAACCGCGACGAGCUCGAUCGCGCAAAGAUGGCAGUUAUCGAGCUGAAGGGGAACCCCUUCCCACCGCUCAUCUGCCAGCGCCGCGACACUGAGAAGACCUUGCUCAACCAGCUCCUGAAAGGCUACCGGGAGGACAUGCAGCAGGCAGCCGCUCCACAGGCCCCCGAGGGCACCCCUGUGUAAGCUCAGGAACAGAAGAUGUCCUGGGAGGUCUGGAGGCUGAUUAUUAACCGUGACUGGCCACUACCAGGUCAUGGUAGAGCUCAAGGUUUACUUGGUUCUUCCUGUGGUUUCAAUAGAGACUCAGCAAAAGAAGGAAAUCAAGCUGGGAGCCCUAAUGGUUGAUAUUCUCUAUGUAAAUAAACUCUGCUAAGAAAGUAA